AUGAAAGAAGUGCUGUUAAUGAAAAAAGAUCUGGACCUCAUAAAAUCGACAAACUUGGCAGCCGCUCCUGAUCUUUGUGUGCCUCAAAAAGUUUUUGAACUUUUAUCAUCGUUUAGCGAAAUGUCCACAAUUGAUGUUUUUGUUAAUGAAGCUGGAUGCGAUGAAGAUCAGAUUCAGAAUACUCAUGGCAGUUUGGAUAAUGUUGACAAAUCCGCAUCUUUGUUGGAAAGUUCAUCAAGAAGUAAAAGCAAAUUUGUAACUCAAAAUGUGUUUGAUAUGGAGUAUGAAGCUCAUAAACAAACGAAACACUUGCUAGAUCUCUCUGAAAAAUCUGUUAGUUUUUUUGCUUCUAUGGAAACAUUGUUUUGGAAGUUUUGA